AAAGUAUUGUACAAUCCCUCUUAACAGGGAGGAACUUCUCUACUCAAAAGUCCUCCUGUUCACAUCAUCUGUAUCUUGGCAGCAGCACAGUGAGUGUAAGCUUGAUCCAAUUUUUAAAAAGUAUACAUGAACUAUUCCUUUGAAGACUCAUUGGUAAGUUAUUUUCCUUUGUCUCUGUUUUCAGAGGCAAAAUGAGACUUUCUGUGGUCCUUUUCCUAAUCGCCACCUCCAUAGUGUUGGCAGGUAAUUAGGACCUUUUUCAACCUUGUCUUCUCUUUUCUUUCUUGGUUUUAAGGGCAUUUCUUUGCAUAUUUAAAAGCUAUUCUAAAGCUUUAACAAAAGACAUUUAUACAUUUAUUUCUAGAGAUGUCUGACAUAAUAUCACUAUGAUGAUGAUUUUGUUGUUUACCACUAGAAAAUCUUUGUUUCCUCUCAUCAGGGGGUGUCACCGUCAAGUCCUUGGUGUUCUCAAGUGAGUCAAAUACAAAUUAUGUUGAGAUGAUCCCUCAGGCACCUCUGACCCUGGGGGCUUUCACCCUGUGCAUGCGAGUGGCCACAGAGUUGAGCAGUGAGCGUGAAAUCAUCCUCUUUGCAUACCGGACCCAGUACUACGAUGAGCUAAACCUGUGGCGAGAGUUGGACGGCAGGUAGGACUGGAGCUCAAGAUUUCUUAACAUUUAGAAAAAUACUAGAAAUUAGAUCAAUGUUGUUACCAUAAAGAGCAAAUGGACUGUAACAGACCGGCAGAUUUUCUUUUGGGGGAAUAACAAUCUUUGUAUGCCCAAAGGCUGUAUUAAGUGCCAACCAUAGAAAACGUAAUUAAAAACAUGAUUCCAGGACAGGUAAUAAAAGUUCAUUCUCUUUUCUUCCUGAGGUGGUCAAUGAUUAAUCAGUCAAUCAAACAGCCUCUAUUUAUUUAGUACUUCUCUUUCAGUGAGAUGUAGCACAAAGGGCUUUACAUAAACAGAAAAUCAAUAUAAUGACGUUUCUCAAUGGUAAAAUGUAGAAGUUAAAAAGUGUAGGACCUAAAACUGAACCCUGGAGAACGCCACAAUUUACAUUACAUAAUCCUGAUGAGCAGUUUCCCAUGCUCACACAGAAUUUUCUGUCGAUAAGAAAAGAUUUAAACCAAUUAAAAACAGUACCAGAUAUGCUAACAAGAUUGUGAAGCCUAUCUUAAAGUAUUUCAUGAUUGACUGGGUCAAAGGCUGCACUCAAAUGAAGCAGCACAAUGACUGACGGCAUUUUUCACAAUACUCUGUACUGUGAUUUGUCAAAAACCAGAUUGGUGUUCACCGAUUUUAUGAAAUCUUUUUACUGAUUAAAAACAAGCUUCUCUAAAAUCUUACUUAAAAUUGCAGAUUUGAAACUGCUCUAUAAUUAUUCAGUAUUGUUGCAUCCAAAUUAUUUCUCUUUAGAAGAGGUUCAAUUGUGAUAAACGUUCCUUCCCUUGGUUAUCUCUAAAAGACAGAGAGUUGUUAAAAACUGUUUUUUUUACGGCAUAAGAGUUACAUUGUCUCAUCUCUGGAAACCAAAUGCAUGUCUCACACUCCUGGAGGAGUGUUGAGGUUCAAGGAGCGGUUGUCUCCACUACAGUUUUAUGAGGUAAUGUCUUCUCCAAAGAAGUUUUAUGGCCAUGAUAAAUGUGAAAUGAAAUCUGGUAUUGUGACAGUCCUAAUAUGUAAUUAAAUGGGCUCUGGAUGAUGCAUUUAUAACUUUCAGUAUUUGUGUUUAGGUUGUCCUUUUACCUGAGUGGGGAGGGAGUUUUCUUUAGGGUGCCUGAGCUCGGCCCUAUGCAGACUCACCUGUGCGUGACUUGGGAUUCCAGCUCCGGCGCGGCUGCCAUCUUCAUUGACGGAAAGAAGAGCUUGACCAAAGUCUACAAGAAGGGUCACACUAUUCGUAGUGGGGGAAAGGUCAUCCUCGGACAAGAUCCAGACAACUAUCUUGGUGACUUUGAUGCCAAUCAAAGUUUUGUUGGGGAGAUCAGUGAUGUAAACAUGUGGGAUUUUGUCCUCCCAGACAGAGUGAUCAGAGAAAUUUACAACAGAGAGGGAACAUCCAGGGGAAACAUUUUUGAUUGGGAAAGCACAGAGCUAAGAGUUCGUGGGAGGGUGGAUAUUAUUCAGUGUGAUGUGUAGCAUUGAUGCAGCUAAUGUCAUGAAGAGAAUACAAAGCUAAGGGAAUGGGUAUUAAGAAGCUAGUUUCUUGAUGCAAGUUAAACAGAUUCACUGUGCUAACAUUUUCCCUGAAAUAAAAAAACAGACUUAAAAUGCAAUUUGUGUGAAAUUAUUACAAAAUAUUUUCAAAAUAACGGGCGUGUCUAUAGGGUUGGCAAAGAGUGGCAUAUGCCACUCUUUGUGUAUUUCUAAUUUAGAGGUUCACAUUUCCCUCAUCAUCUAUUCAAAGUCAAGAUAACAGUUGGUUUCACAAUACAUAACAAAGUACUUGUAGAAAAAAUAUAGUUGUAGAGUGGCUUAAAAAACACAGAGUAUGAGAUGUUUAGGUGCCUCCCUGUGGACAGUCAAUAGAAGAUGCUCGAUGUAUACAUUUUCCAUGGUUUUGAGUUUUUGGUUAGUUUGAUAAACAUAAUUGUUAGCAUAGUGGUCACAAGAUGCAAUCAAAAAAGGGUUGCAUGGGUUGACUCCCUGAUACCCUUGUGCCUUGCUCCUUUUCAGUGAGUAAAAAUAAACUACUAAACUAACUAAAA